AGGAGCUGGGUUGGAGACAAGACCGAGAGAAAUGGAGGAGGACAUUAGAAAGAAGGGGAUGCUGUAUUUACAACAGCAGCGGUUUGGGAAGAAAUGGCGAAAGGUCUGGUCCGUGCUGCACCGAGAGAGCUCCUGCUCCAUCUCUCGCCUUGAGUUUUUUGAGUGUAAAGAUGGAGCUGGCAACACGCUGGAGAGAUCCAACCGCAAACAGGAAAACAAAAAGGUGAUAAAAAUGAAUGACUGCAUUCGCGUUUCGGAGGCUGAUGUCGAAGGCUGUCCACAGGAUUGUGGACCCUUUUUGGUGGAGACAACUGAAAAGACAUUUGUUUUUGCCGUUGAGACAGCUGAACUGGAGGAUUGGAUCCAGAAACUGUGUGAAAUCGCCUUUCCGCGAGGAGCAGUGAGAGGAAACAGUUUACAUGCUGAAUCUCAUGAUGCCACGAUGGCGGACAACACUCUCUACUGCAGCAGAGAAACUGCAAUGAAAGACUUUAAGGUGACAGUGAGGCGCACGGAGGCUUCUGAGAGGUGCAGCCUGAAAGGAACAGUGCUAUUACGGACUGAUUUUGAUAGCCUCCUUCUGAAGGAACCCAAGGCCGGAGAGGUUCUCUACUCUUGGCCCUACCGCUUCCUCCGCAGGUUCGGACGAGAUAAGGCAACAUUCUCCUUUGAGGCUGGGCGAAGAUGCGACUCGGGGGAAGGCAACUUUGAGUUCGACACAAAGCAAGGAAACAGCAUCUUCCAAUCUGUAGAGGCCGCCAUCAAUCUACACAGAGUCAAUUUACCUCAGAAGCAGAUAUCAAGUGGGGAGCGAGAUACCAUCCCCUCUUCACCUCGAAUGAGAGCUGUGGCAGAGGAAGCAGGUAUCUACAGUGUGGUGACUGAGGGAGCAAUCAGAGACGGACCCAAACAACCCCAGAACCCUCAGCAAUCCAGACUUGAAACCCCUGCAGAGAAGCUUCUGACCGGAGUCAAGAGCCUGACCCUGGACACCAGGCCUCCGCCACGUAAGAGCCAGGUCAAGAACUUCCGCAGCUGUCCUUUGGUCAACAGUGAGGAUGAGAUGUAUUCCCGGGCAAUGGCACUGGAUCCAGAUCGGGGAAGUCCAGGGGAGAAGAGAGAACCAAAAGACCGCCGUUCCACAUGCUCCAACCCUGAGGACUCUGACUACUCACUGCCCUUUGACACCAUUGCCAAGAAUGUUACGGGAGACAUUUUGUCCGCAUCAAACCCUCCACCCAUGUUUGUAGAGCCCAGCUGUGAAAAUGACAAGAAAGGCAAUAUAGAGAACACAGAACCACUUUAUGACAUCAUAGAUGAAACUGCUAUCAGAACCCGUUUCCAAAACAGAAAAACACAUUCUUACAAAAGAGUGGAGCACAUCUAUGAUGAACCAGAGGGUUGCGGUGUGGCCCCAAGUGGGCCUCCAUCGCUCUAUGAUGAACCGGAGGAGGUCAAAGGUCAUGCUUGGAAGAUGUUGGGCACAGUAAUGGAUCCGAGCGGUCACGAGUAUCCAUACAACGCUUCUGUCGACGACUACGCGGUUCCUAAACCUCCCAGGAGGGCCUUGCUGUCAAAGCAGGACAGUGAGGAAGAGGAGAGUUCACCGUACGAUAACAUCAUGGUGAAAGGAAUGCAAAAGAAUAACUAAAGACUGCUCCAGAAUCUAAAGAGGACAAUGAAGUUAAAUAUAAGCGAGUGUGUAAAUGAAUGAAUGAAUGAAUUAAUUAAAUAUUUAAUCAGUUAAUGUGCAUAAUAUGGAUCAACACGAUCUCACGGCAAUUUGUACAUAUUUAACAAGGUGGCUCAUUCGUACGAAUUUGUAUGACCACACUCAUACAAAUUCAUACGAUUUGUGAAAAAUCGUAUGCAUUUUAUGAGGUGGCAAAUUCGUAGGAAUUCGCCCCUAAACUUAACCGUCACAGAAAUCCUACAAAAUUGUAUGAGUGAGGUCGUAUGAAUUAGCCACCUCGUAAAAUACGUACGAAUUGGCUGUGAGAUAGCGUUCUAUGGAUAAUAGUUAUCAGAGUGCUUUAUUGUUCUUCAAAAAGCUGUGAUCUGCAACACAUAUCAUCAUGCUGGUCAAUAUGAUUAACAAUUCCAUUCCAACAUUAAAUGUCUAUGGGUAAAUCACUAUAGCCUAACUUUAACCAAAUGUGCUAAAAUUGCGCUGUAACGCAAAUGUUUAAAUUGUGAUUAUUUUAAUCCCAGACUCACCUUCUUUAUAUAAAUUAGGCUUGUUAUAGAUCGUACCUUAUUCACAACUUGCAACUUGUUUGCAAUAUAUAGAGUUAUCUAUAAUGAGCCUAAUUUACAUAGUAAGGAGACAUGUAUUUAAAAAAAAAAGUAUAUAUGUUAGUUAGUUAAACUGGUUAAACUAAAUUGCGAGUCUGAAUAAUUUUUUAACGAAUACAAGUUCAUGUGAUCAGUAUAAUGCAAUGUUAACUGCACUAGCAAACAACAAUGCGUGUUGUGAAAAAGGUGCAGUCUAUAAUGAGAGUUUGCCCUUAAGACAAAUUUAAAUGAACUGCACAGCGCUAUUUUAGCACAUUCAGCUGAUUGCAGGUGUUCUUUAAAAAGUCAAAAGUGGGCUUGUGUAAAUAAAAUUUAAUGAAAACAUUGAAAACAUGAAUAUAACGCAGCAAUUAUUGCAAUGGCAAAUAGCGAUGCAAGUUGAGAAUAAGGUCCAGUCUAUAAUAAGCCUAAUUUAAAAAGAAGCGUGCUCGUGCUUAUUCACUCUUAUUCAAGAAUAUUCACAGUGCAUCGAUACAUUAGCACAUUUAGCUACUGGUUAAACUGGAUUGUGGGUGAUCUUUAAAAAGCUAAAUACGUGCACAUCCAAAUAAAUGCCUGGAUAUUUCACACUUCACUAUUUCUUGGCGAAUAAAUGUUCACAUGAUCAAUAAAGCGCAACGUUAAUCGCACCGGCAAAUAGAGGUGUGUGUUGUGAUUGUGAAUAAGGUGCAAUCUUUA